AGUUGUCGGAGCCGCGCGCCGCCACGGGUCGCCCUCCCCGCUGCUUGUGUCCCGGCGGAACCGGGGUAGUUUUCCAGAGUCCGGAGAGAGCCACGUCUUCAAGUUCUUGUAGGUUCGAGACCUUACCGAUCUGCGGAGCGCAACAAAGGGAGGGAGGACCCGAGCGCCUCGCAGCCGGAGCCGCGGCUGGGGGGGCGGCCGAGACCGCGAGCGACCCCGGCCCCUCCCCGCGCCCACGCGCCUCUCUCCCCCUGUCGCCCCGGUCCUGGCAGCGAUGCAGGAGGACGAGGCCGGCUGCGCCGUGGCGUUCGCCGAAGCCCAGAGAUGGGUGGAGGCAGUAACAGAGAAGAAUUUUGAAACAAAGGAUUUUCGAGCCUCUCUAGAGAAUGGUGUUCUGUUGUGUGAUUUGAUUAAUAAGCUUAAACCUGGUGUCAUAAAGAAGAUCAAUAGACUGUCCACGCCAAUAGCAGGUUUGGAUAAUAUAAACGUUUUUUUGAAAGCUUGUGAACAGAUUGGAUUGAAAGAAGCCCAGCUUUUCCAUCCUGGGGAUCUACAGGAUUUAUCAAAUCGAGUCACUGUCAAGCAAGAAGAGACUGAUAGGAGAGUGAAAAAUGUUUUGAUAACAUUGUACUGGCUGGGAAGAAAAGCACAAAGUAACCCCUACUAUAAUGGUCCAUAUCUUAAUUUGAAAGCAUUUGAGAAUCUUUUGGGACAAGCUCUCACCAAGGCACUUGAAGACUCCAGCUGCCUGAAACGAAGUGGCAGGGACAGUGGAUACGGAGACAUCUGGUGUGCUGACCGGGGAGAGUUCCCUGUGCCCCCAGGCAGCCAUAGGAGAGAAGAUUCAUUUGAAAGCUUGGACUCUCUGGGCUCUAGGUCCUUCACAAGCUGCUCCUCUGAUAUCACGCUGAGGGGUGGGCGUGAAGGUUGUGAAAGCGACACAGAUUCUGAAUUUACCUUCAAAAUGCAAGAAUAUAAUAAAGAUGAUAUGUCCUAUCGAAGGAUUUCGGCCAUUGAACCAAAGUCUGCUUUACCAUUCAAUCGUUUCUUACCCAACAAGAGUAGACAGCCUUCCUACGUGCCGGCGCCCUUGAGGAAGAAGAAGCCGGACAGACAUGAGGAUAACAGAAGAAGCUGGGCAAGCCCGGUCGGCACAGAAGCUGAUGGGACCUUUCCAAGUAACGAGAGGAGAACUUGGGGCACACAUGUGGAGAACUGGACAGCAGUACAAGAAACUUCAGACUCCUUCUGUUACUUGGAGGAGGAAGAAGAAAGGACAAGCAUCCCCGACACUGUAAAGGAUGACCUUUAUGUGCGAAAGCUAAGCCCCAUCAUGCCAAACCCAGGGAACACUUUUGAUCAGUUUCUUCCCAAAUGUUGGAUCCCAGAAGAUGUGAACUGGAAAAGAAUAAAAAGGGAAACUUAUAAGCCAUGGUAUAAAGAAUUUCAGGGAUUCAGUAGAUGGAGCCCAGACUUUGAGGAUGAGGAUUCAGGCUCUGACAGAAGCUCUGCCAUUCUUAGUAGGAUGCAGAAAGCAGAGCGUAGGCUAGACGGCACCUGCCAAAGACGUUCACUCCUGAUGGAAGUAGCCAGGAGCACAUGGGACAGCCAUGCAGCCAGGAGAACCAGUGGUGCUUCGGAGGAGCCAAGUCCGUUUUUAUUACUUCAGGCCCUCCAAACAUAUUCUGAUGACAUCUUAUCUUCUGAAACAAAUAUCAAACUUGAUCCCACUGCUGGCCCAAGGCUCAUAACUCGCAGGAGGCAUCUCUCUUAUGCACCAGGGUAUAGAAGAGGUGACCUUGAGAUGUCAGCCCUCGAUCCUGACUUAGAGAAUGACGAUUUCUUUGUCAGAAAGACUGGGGCUUUCCAUGCCAAUCCAUGUGUCGUCCGAGCUUUCGAAGACUUCAGAAGGUUUUCUGGGCGAGAUGAUCCUGUAGAGCGAGAUAUAAUUCUGCAGUGCAGAGAAGGUGAACUCGUACUUCCAGAUCUAGAGAAAGAUGAUAUGAUUGUCCGCCGAAUCCCAGCGCAGAAGAAAGAGGUGCCUCUCUCGGGGGCCCCAGAUAGAUACCAACCAAUCCCUUUCCCCGAGCCCUGGACUCUUCCUCCAGAAAUUCAAGCAAAGUUUCUCUGUGUACUUGAAAGGACGUGCCCAUCCAAAGAGAAAAGUAAUAGCUGUAGAGUACUAGUUCCUUCGUAUCGGCGGAAGACAGAUGACAUGUUGACCCGUAAGAUCCAGUGUUGGAAGCUGGGAACUUCUGUGCCUCCCAUCAGCUUCAUCCCUGGUCCCUGCAGUGAGGCGGACUUACGGAAGUGGGAGGCCAUCCGGGAGGCCAGCAGGCUUAGGCACAGGAAACGGCUGAUGGUUGAGAGACUCUUUCAAAAGAUUUAUGGUGAGAAUGGGAGCAAGUCCAUGAGCGAUGUCAGCGCCGAGGAUGUUCAGAACUUGCGGCAGCUGCGUUACGAGGAGAUGCAGAAGAUGAAAUCCCAAUUAAAAGAGCAAGAUCAGAAAUGGCAGGAUGACCUUGCAAAAUGGAAAGAUCGUCGAAAAAGCUACACUUCAGACUUGCAGAAGAAAAAAGAAGAGAGGGAAGAAAUUGAAAAGCAGGCGCUGGAGAAAUCUGAGAAAAGCUCUAAGACGUUUAAGGAAAUGCUGCAGGACAGGGAAUCCCGAAACGAGACGUCUACAAUUACAUCGAGGAGUAGAAUAUAUUCUUCUGAUGAUGUGUUGAAUGAAGACAAGCUUCCCCUGACACUAACUAUGUCAGAAGCAAGUCACCAGGGUGAGAGAGUAGAAGAGAAAGGAACAACUUUUCCUACAGAAAUUCCUAAACAAGAUUCUACAACUGUUGUGAAAAGAGAGGACACUCUACCAGCUGAAAUUCGGCUUCCCUCUAAAAGCCCCACGGAAGAACAACGCCCAGCCUCUUUGUCUUCCCAGCGUUCACUGACUACACAAAUGGAGUCGACUCGAGUUUCAGCUUCUCUCCCCAGAAGUUACCAGAAAACUGAUACAGCUAGGUUGACAUCUGUGGUUACACCGAGACCUUUUGGCUCUCACUCAAGGGGAAUCUCAUCGCUCCCAAGAUCCUACACGAUGGAUGACGUUUGGAAGUAUAAUGGAGAUGUAGAAGGCGUUAAGAGAACUCAGUACAGUUCGGUCAGCACCUCUGUGCAAAAAUCUGACCCAAGCCAGCUGGCUUCCAGUGACUUUGGUGAAAAAGAGGCAGUGACAUCAGGAGAGGGUGUGAUGAGGUUGCCCUCUCCUACACCCCCCUUCUCAUCUCUCUCCCAGGACUGGGCUGCCACUUCUAAUGCUACCUGGUCUUCAGCAUCUGGCCCCAAUUCAAUGUCUGAAGUUGGAGAAGGGAGAAGCUCACCACAGACAGAGGUGUCACGAUCAAAGGAUCAGUUCAGUGAUAUGAGAAUCAGCAUAAACCAGACGCCUGGAAACGGCCUUGACUUUGGGUUUACAGUAAAAUGGGAUAUUUCCGGGAUCUUCAUAGCAUCAGUGGAAGCAGGUAGCCCAGCAGAAUUUUCUCAGCUACAGGUAGAUGAUGAAAUUAUUGCCAUCAACAAUACCAAGUUUUCAUAUAAGGACACAAAAGAGUGGGAAGAAGCCAUGGCUCAUGCUCAAGAAACUGGAAACCUAGUAAUGGAUAUUAGGCGGUAUGGAAAGUCUGAUUGGGGCAAAGACCAGCCUUCCCUGCCAUUUAUACGGCAUAAAACCCUCAAUCUCACCAGUAUGGCUACCAAAAUUAUAGGUUCACCUGAAACAAAGUGGAUUGAUGCAACUUCUGGAAUUUACAACUCAGACAGAUCUUCAAGUCUAUCAAUAAUGACUGAUUUCUCAGAAAGCCUUCAGAAUUCUAAUACCGAGUCCAAGGAAAUCAAUGGGAUUCGUGAUGAAAGCAGUACUUUUGAAUUAAAAGCAUCUGAACCUAUUUCUUUGAAAAACUUAAAAAGGCGAUCACAAUUUUUUGAACAAGGCUGCCAUACAGGAAGCUCUGAUUCUGUGGUUCCUGAUCUUCCAGUUCCAACUAUCAGUGCCCCGAGUCGCUGGGCGUGGGAUCAAGAGGAGGAGCGAAAGCGGCAGGAGAGGUGGCAGAAGGAGCAGGACCGCCUGCUGCAGGAAAAAUACCAACGUGAGCAGGAGAAACUAAGGGAAGAGUGGCAAAGAGCUCAGCAGGAGGCUGAGAGAGAGAAUGACAAGUUCUUGAAUGAGGAGCUGAUGGUCCUGAACUCAAACAUAGCUCUGACCACACGGGAGCCUACUGUUGCCACCUUGGAAGCCACCUGGGAUGAAGGGUCCAAGUCUUCUGACAGGGAAGGAACCCGAGCAGGAGAAGAGGAGAGAAGACAGUGGCACGAGGAAGGGAUGAUUGAGGACCAAAGAAAGAAGCUGCAGGAACAACUCACUAUUGAGAAAGAGAGGGAACUGAAGGAGCAACAAUAUGAGGAAGAGCAGGAGGAGAUGCGGCGUCAGGCUGUGGCUGAGGAGCAGAAGCGCCAGGCAGAAGAACAGAAGCGCCAGGCCGAGGAGCAGAAGCGCCAGGCAGAGGAGCAGAAGCGCCAGGCAGAGGCGCAGAAGCGCCAGGCCGAGGAGCAGAAGCGCCAGGCAGAGGAGCAGAUGCGCCAGGCCGAGGAGCAGAAGCGCCAGGCCGAGGAGCAGAAGCGUCGCACAGAAGAACAGAUGCACCAGGCAGAGAGAGAGCGGGAGACAUCAGUCAGAAUAUACCAGUAUAGAAGGCCUGUUGAUUCCUAUGAUAUACCAAAGGGAGAGGAAGAAUCUUCAGGUUUGCUUCCUAGUGACAGGAAUAAAUCCAGGUCCACUACCGAGCUGGAUGAUUUCCCCACAAAUAAAAAUGGAAGCCAUAAAUAUUUAGACCGAGUUGGGAACGGUAGCUCAACACAGAGGAGCGCCAAGAAGGAACCAGGUCCAUCAGGAGCAGAGUUGGAGAGGCAACAGAUCCUUCAAGAAAUGAGGAAGAAAACAUCCCUUCACACCGACAGCAGCUGGAUCCGUCAGCGCAGUUCCAGCGUCAAUAAAGAGCCCAUUUGUCUGCCUGGGAUUAUGAGAAGAGGCGAAUCUCUAGAUAACCUGGAGUCCCCAAGGUCCAAUUCUUGGAGACAGUCCCCUUGGCUCAGUCAGUCCACUGGGGUCUAUGCUUCUUCCUCUGUCCAAGACUUCAGCCGCCCACCCCCUCAGCUGGUGUCCACAUCUAACCGUGCCUACAUGCGAAAUCCGUCCUCCAGCGUACACCCGCCUGCAGCGGGGCCCGUGAAGACCAGCCCCGCACCGUCGCCCACUCCACGCAGCCAUUUCCCUUCAACUUCCCCAUCCCAGCCACGUAACAGGUCAGUCAGUGGGAAGCGCGUGUGCUCCUACUGUAAUAACAUUCUGGGCAAAGGAGCUGCCAUGAUCAUCGAGUCCCUGGGUCUUUGUUAUCAUUUAUAUUGUUUUAAGUGUGUUGCCUGUGAGUGUGACCUCGGAGGCUCUUCCUCAGGAGCCGAAGUCAGAAUCCGAAACAGCCAGCUCUACUGCAACAACUGCUAUCUCCGAUUCAAAUGUAAGAGAGCAAAUCAGGGAGAAAAUUUCUAAUCUUUUAAGGAAACCGCGCGUUCCCAUGCAUUUCCCUGAACCUGCGUCCAUCUCCCCCUCGAGCUCCCUGCCUUAGAACUCCAGGUCUCAGGAACCUUAGUGUGGCCCACCCAUUCCAAGAGGGUACGGUGGGUGGGUCAGAGCUCGGGAGUGCAGCCACACAGGGUGGGUGUGGGGCUGAGGAACUGGAGAGGGGCGUGUGCCCGAACCAGGACGAUGUCCUGUGGGGUCUGCUCCGUCUGGAGAAACUGCCAAUGACCUGAGGAUCUGAACAAACUGAAACACAGUUAACAUGAAUUUUUGGUGUAGACUGUCAUCAAGUGUUCUCUCAUCAUUAGCCGUUAGCUGGUUUUUAUUAUUUAACAAGGGGCUCUGAUUAUGUGAUUUAGAAUAUAAUCAGUUUUAAAAACUGUGGUUUGAAAGGUCAUAGAGAAUAGUCAGUUUAUGUUAUGCUUCGUUAUUACGUAAUCAGAUAUCAGCAUACCCAUUUUUAAAAGGAGAGCAUGAGGUCUGAUUAUAUGGCACUUCACUGUUAUUUUCGGAAAAGUUGAGUUUUUCAACAACGUCACAUGCUAUUUUGCGUCUAAUCAUGUUUUUGUUUCUAAGUGUGCUAUGAAACCGCGGGUAGCGCGAUUAGAUUGCGUAUUGCUUAUAGCUCCACGAAGACAGCCAUUACUGCCGUGUAUGUUUUGAACCUUGAUGCUGGUAACAUGUAUUUCUUCCCAAUGUGAAAGGGUGUUACAAGUGGUAUCAGCAAAUCCCUUUGCUUUUGAACUCAGAGGUAUUUAUAUGGCCCUUUAUGUGAAGAGUGCUUUGGAAAUGGUUUUAGCCCAGUCAACUCUCUUUUAUCUGUCAGCGGGGUCUGAGUCUUCUUACCCCAGCAGCCCAGUCCUUCUCUGGAUGCUGCCACUGAGCUUGGAGAAUGUCAAGGCUGGGUGUGCAAUGGGGGGGAGUGUGUAUAUGUGUGUGUGCUUUUCUCUCUUCAAUCAAAUUUCAAAGCCAAAUAGAAUUUAUAUUUGGGGGACUCACCAUGGAAAAAGUACCCAUGCCUUUUCUCCAACACAAAUAAAAGAGAGUUGAGUGUAACUUACUUCUAUACCAGCAGUUCCAAGACUUCUAGUAUCCAGAGGCUGUGAUUUGCCUCGCUUUAUCCUCAGUGAGUGACAAGGUGACUUUCUACCUCGAGAGGCCAUUCUCUGAGUGAUUACUGCUAUGCAUCCCAAACGGCACUAUUCCAGAGUUUCUGAAUCUAAGCGCUGUUCUUUCUUCUCUCCCUGCCUGAUCAGCUGGACGGCCAACCGCCAUGUGAUGUAAGCCUCCAUACGAAAGCACUGUUGCAGAUAGAAGAAGAGUUGGUUGCUGCUGAUGUAGAUCUAUAAAUAUAUGUUGUAUGUCUUUCUCUCUUUCUCUUUUUUUAAAGAAUAACACUUUUUUUUUUUGGCCUCUAGAUUAUAUCAGAGCAGUAUAGACUUGGUAGAACCUGUAUUUUUGUUGUUGUUUAUUUAUAAGGAGGUAAUUAUGUGUGGGGAAAAGUGCAGUAUUUACUUUCUGAGUUCAGCAUCCUAACAGCACAAGGGUAAAAAGAACUUCAAAAUAUUUUUGAGGCUGAUAAUGAUCAGUGGGGUUUUGAAGAGGGUUAUUUUAUUGUUUUUUUAAAAGGUUCUAAAACAUUAUUUGAAAUAGUUAAUAUAAAUAUAUAAUUGCAUUUGCUGUUUAUUGUAAUGUAUGCUAAAUUAAUACAGAACCAUAUGGAAAAUGUCACUAAAAUACACCCCCAAAUUUGCUUUCUGUAUCCUUCUUUUCAGCUAUAUAUUAUGAUUUGAAAACAAUUAGCUUAUAUGAAAUGCUAUUUGCUUGAUGAGGGAAGCCCUGUUUUCUUUAGAAUUGUCACUAGCCAGUUUUCAAUAGAAAGCUGCUGCUUUUCAUUAAUGAAAAAUCACUAUAGUUUGUAUACCAAAAAUUGUAUACCAGGAAAUAGUGAGCCUUUCUGUCCAACUGUAUUUGUAAAUAAAAUUGCUGAUGCAUUUAA